AUGCCGGAUGCUAUUUUCCACACCAACCUGGUCACCCUGCAGCACUGCUACAACCAGAGCAGGGGGUCUCACACUCUCCAGCUCACGUACGGCUGUGAGCUCCACGAAGACAACAGCACUGGAGGCCACAUGCAGUUUGGUUACGAUGGGGGAGACUUCAUCAGCUAUGACCUGGCAGCACGCACCUGGAUAGCAGGGACAACGCAGGCCCAGCGCACCCAGCACAGCUGGAAUGAGGAUACGGCCAUGCUGCAGAGUGCAAGAGCCUACCUGGAGGAGACCUGCAUCACGUGGCUGUGGCAGUACCUGCAGCACGGGGAGGCAGCGCUGCAGAGCAGGCACAGCAAGCACCCGAGGACACUGGCGUCUGCCCCCACUAGUGCUGACCCCAGUCGCUCUCCCACAGGCUCCCACUUCUACCAUCAUUUCUACACGGGGGUGUCGAAUCCCAGCACGGACGUGUCCCGUUUCACUGCCGUGGGCUACGUGGACGACCAGCAAAUUCUCCACUACGACAGCGAGACGCGGAGACAGGAGCCGUGCAGGGACUGGGUGCAGGGGGCCGUCGAUCCAGACUUCUGGGACGGGGAAACUGUGACCUUGCGGGGCUGGCAGAGGGGAUUUGCCGCGAACUUGGUCACCCUGCAGCACCACUACAACCAGAGCAGGGGGUCUCGCCCUCUCCAGCUCACGUACGGCUGUGAGCUCCACGAAGGCCACAGCACUGGAGGCCACAUGCAGUUUGGCUACGACGGGGGAGACUUCAUCAGCUAUGACCCAUGCACGCACACCUGGGUAGCAGGGACAACGCAGGCCCAGUGCACCCAAUACAAGUGGAAUGAGGCUAAGGCCAUGCUGCAGAGUGCAAGAGCCUACCUGGAGGAGACCUGUAUCGUGUGGCUGCGGCAGUACCUGCAGCACGGGGAGGCAGCGCUGCAGAGCAAGCGCCCCGUGGCACAGAUGAGCGACCGUCCGUCAUCACGGGAUGGACGCACCACCCUGUCCUGCCGGGUCCACAGCUUCUACCCCAAGGACGUGGCUGUCAUCUGGCUGCAGAACGGGGAGGCACAGCCCCAGGAGACGAGCCGCUCGGGGGUCCUUCCCAGUGGAGACGGGACCUACCAGACCUGGGCCACCAUCGAGAUCGACUCGAGCAGCAACCACAGCUACACCUGCAGCGUGGAGCACGUGAGCCUGGGUGCAGCCCUGAGAGUGGCCUGGGACAAGGGCAGGACGGAGUCCGACCCAGCGAUGAUUGUGGGCAUCGUUAUCGGUGCUGUGCUGGUCACUGCUAUGGUGGCGGGCGCAGCGAUUUCCUUCCUCAUCUCUCUCCAAGACUUGGAGAACAAAGCCUCAGAGAAAGAAGCCGUGGAGAGCUCCGGGAGCAACAGCUACUCCGACUCCUGCAUCCAAGAGUCCCGGGACCUGAGGGGAGCGGGCGAUGAAGGCAGCCGGUUCCAGCGCUCGGAGCUUCGCUCCAGUGGGGCGCGAGUGCAGGCCUUUGCUCCAUGA